ACUCUAAAGAAUAAAGCAUGGGGGUAGUAAAUUCAGCUAAAAUAAAUGCGCAAUUUCAAUAUAAACAUUUAAGUUUGCAGCUUUUAUUUGUUAAACUAAGUAACCAGCUUGAUUAAUCUAAAUAAACCAACUUGAAAAAUAAGAAAAUAUCCAGACUCAUUUUCCUGUGUAAUUUGAAUGCAUUAAAGCGCAUCAGCUCAAUUUGUCUCAAAUUUUAAGUUGGUUCAGCUCAAAAAAAAUUUUUGAAACUUUUUUUGAAACGGGCGUAGAUACUCAAGCAGCAGACGAUACUCAACGUGCACCCGGUUGGGAAAGUCGACGCACUCGUGUCUGCUUGUUUGUACAGAGCUACUAUCUGCAUUGGAAUUUCAUUUUUUGCGCUUUGGAACAGCUGACAAGUCAUCUUUGGGGAUCUUAAUCAUUGCUGGAGGACCAUUAACCUACAACGUGGCUGCCCAUGCCACUUUGAAAGUAUUUCCCCUGCUGAAAGAAUACUGCAUGCAAUAAAUGAGGAAAUGGAUUUUACUGAUUCUGAUGUUCCAGAUGCUCAAACAUCUUAUCUGAGAAAACCUGCUGUACUUCAUGUUAUUGUUCAAGACCAUAUAAUUGACAAGCUUGAACUGCCUUAUGGAGUACCAGAGACAGUGGAUGAGCUACAGUCUAUUGUACAACAGAAAUAUAGAUUGGAAGCAGGGAAGUUUAUCUUACAUUACAAGGAUGUUGAUUUUGGAGGAGAACUUUUUUCUCUUGCAUCAACCAAAGAUCUUAAAGAUAAAGACACAAUUAAGGUUGUCCAUAUUGUUGAUCUCUCCUCAAUCCAAUUUGUUGUAACUGACCUCGAUAGAUCUGACGCGGGUGCAGCCAGCAGCUCAGACAGAGGUUCAUCCAGCAGUUCUGCUCCGGCUGCCAGUACUGCUUCAUCUGAAUCAGGUGAUACAAUUAUCUUGUCAUCACCUGAUCAUGGAAAUUUGCGCUCAAAAUCUUGGCCCUCCAAAUUUCCAAUACCCCGUUUCCGCAAUGAGACAGAGCUUGUCCUAGCAGCUGGUAAUGAAGCUUUCAAUAAAGAUGGAUGCCCACUCAGCUCCACUGCCAUUCUACCAGACAUCCUUGAGAGUUUAGCCGAAAGCAUCUUUGAGUAUGUUGCCUAUCCUACAAGUGCACAAUUUGCUGAUGUGGCAGAAGCACUGAUCCAAAAACACCCAUGCCUGAAAGAACCAGGGUCCUACAAUGGAUGUUACGGAUGGCAACAAAGACUGAAAUUUAAAAUGGCCAAUUAUAAAUCAAAACUUAGGGGUCUUGGGUGCCCUGAGCUAGAGGUUAACUCUCUCCAAAAAAAGCGAGCCAAUGAGAAGAUGCCAGCAAAAAACAUCAAGAAAGCUCGAAAGGGUGAGGCGAACUACCUGCCACCUCAUCCACUAGGAGAAACCAAAGAAAACCUUGAGUAACAAAGACUGGAACUUCUAGGUGAAGUAAAGAAGAGAGACAAUUCCCAGAUCAUCAGUGAGAAAAUGGACAGGACCUUUUCCUCUCGGAGACAAGAAAUUGUCACCUUGGCUCCAUCUGUCAGGGACUUGAAGGAACGAUGCCCUGCUCUAUUUCUUCCUGAGCAGAUCAAGGAAGAAUAUAAAAGAAUAACCACUGCCAAUCUGGAGUCAACAUUUAUGGAAAAUCUGGACCAUUGUAUACCAAGGUUGAUGCCACUGGUGAUGUCAAGAGGAGGGGCUGCCAAACAUAAGAUCCAGAAAAUCAUGGAACUUCUGAAGAUCAACACAGUUGAAAUUCGCCGAGAGGUUGCCAUUCGCUGCUUAGUGGUCUACCUUGGGGAAAAUGAGGACAGUCUUUUUGAAUAUGUGGAUUCUGAGAGCCAAAUUGGAGAUUUUGAGAGUCGGGUGGUGAAGAUUCUAGUCACAAAAGGUACUACAGCAUCUGAUCCAGCCAGCACCACCAUCAUCAUAGAGGGCACAGAGGUCCUGCAAGGGUUGGAUGUGCCAAGGGCCUGUGCUUUGCUGAUGGGCCUCAUUUAUGCCCUCAAUCUAAGCUACCCACGGGAGCUGAAGUACACUUGCGAGGUAUUUCAGAAGGUGUUCCUUAAAUUAGACAGUCAGAAAUGCAGCCCAAAAGUCACAUCUCUAAAGCAAAAGCUGCUAGGAAACCCCUUUGAGCCUCAUAGCUGAACAUAAAAAUGGGAACCUAAUUUGUGCUGUGAUGGACUUGCUGUUCAAGUGACUUUUCCUAAUUUAUGCAGUGUAAUGUCUUUCAACCAACAUCUGGU